CUGUGUAAAACAAGUGAUUGAAGAAUUCCUAUCUUAUAGAAAGAGUAGACUUUCUAUCCAAUUGAUCCGUGAAGAUGAGUAAAGAAGAAAAUAUCUUGGAAAUAUCGCUUUCAAACGGAGGGGAGAUAAACAAGGGAUAUACAGCAACAGAUCAAGAUGAAAGCACAAAACCUGGUUCAUCUAAUCACACCUAUACAGAAAUCAAAAUGGGACACGAGGAAGCUGAACAUUUUAAUGGAUGUGCUAAGAUAGCUGACAAAAUCCAAAAGGCAGUCGAUGCUAUUUUCAGCAAAUAUCAGAGUAAAAUAAAAUUUGCAUUCAAAAUACUUCUACUAUUGCUGUACUUUGCAUAUUUCGGCUAUGCUAUGUACUAUAAGUUUGGGGACGAGGGUUCGAUUCGUCUUCUUGUGUGUACGAUCUUGGGAGUGAUUCUUUUACUGAUUUAUGUAUCACAACGACUGCUUGGGUCCAAAUUCCAGAUGAAAUCAAAUGAGAAAUCGUUCGCUAAAAAGACAAGAGUGAGAAAAAUUAAGCGAUAUACAGGAAGAUUCCUCAUGGUAGCUGUGUUUGUUAUAUUAACUGCAUAUAUUAUUUAUGACGUUCUCCUGGACUAUCCACAAAAUGCAGUGUCUAUCGCUGGACUUGCCUUAUACAUCAUCAUCUUUUAUAUAUUUUCGAAAAACCCAGCUAAGGUGAAGUGGAGACCAGUGUUCUGGGGUUUUGCCUUACAGUACAUUUUUGCCCUCCUUAUUCUGAGAACGAGCUGGGGAUACGAAGCAUUCCUUUGGCUUGGUGACAGAGUCACAGAAUUUCUCAACUACUCUAAUGCUGGUGCAAUUUUUGUUUUUGGAGAACUUUACACCAAUCACUUUUUUGCAUUUAAGGUCCUUCCAGUAGUGGUUUUCUUCUACACCGUAACUUCUGUACUCUACUACUUAGGAAUUAUGCAGGUUAUCGUCAAGAGGAUGGGAAUGUUUCUGGCAUUCUGUCUUGGUACAACAGCCGCUGAGUCCCUGAACGCUGCAGGAAACAUAUUUGUUGGAAUGACAGAGGCACCAUUGAUGAUCAAACCUUUCCUAGAAGAUAUGACAAACUCGGAGCUACAUGCUGUUAUGACUGGGGGUUUCGCUACAAUCGCUGGGUCUGUGCUGGGAGCAUACAUCAGCUUUGGUGUCCCAGCUAGUCAUCUGAUUUCGGCAUCUGUAAUGUCUGCUCCUGCAGCACUUGCCAUCUCAAAACUUGCUUACCCUGAAACAGAACAAACUAAAACUAGCAAGAAAGACUUUGACAAGAUGGGCAAAUCAACAGACAGAAAUGUUAUAGAAGCCAUUUCGUCAGGAGCGAGUAACUCAGUAAAGAUUGUAGCUGCUAUUGCUGUGAAUGUCAUGGCCUUUCUCUGUGUACUGGAGUUUAUCAAUAUGACCUUAGACUGGUUCGGGAGCCGUGUUGGAGUGGACGGUCUUUCUUUUCAGUUGAUCUGUUCAUAUGUAUUCUACCCGAUCGCCUUUUUUAUGGGGACGGAUAUACCGGACUGUCGUCCUGUAGCGGAACUGAUCGGGAUCAAAACUUUUACCAAUGAGUUUGUGGCUUACAAAGAGCUCUCUCAUCUAAUUGAAAACAAGAAGAAUUUUACAGAUUAUAAAGCUAUCUGGAAUUCUUCUUCAGACUGGCACUAUCGAGGAGAGGAUAUCAUUCUGCCUUACUUUAAUCAGACUCUCAAGAAAGGAAUUAUAUCGGACAAGUCUGAGGUGAUAGCUACAUACGCCCUGUGUGGUUUCUCCAACAUAGGAUCAAUGGGGAUAUUUCUGGGCGGUAUGUCUGCCUUAGUUCCGUCAAGGAGAGGAGAUUUGUCUAAGAUAGUUGUCAGAGCAAUGGUAGCGGGGAAUGUCGCCUGCUUCUUAACAGGAUGUAUAGCAGGUUUACUUUAUAAAGACUACAAUACAACAUAACAUCGAUGGUUUAUUCCUCCAAGAUGCUGAGAAUAACACACUACAAAGACAGAUACCCGCGGGAUCGUCAUUCCCCUCUGAAAAGGGUGUUGUACAGUGAAAACCCAAAUUUACUGCAGGAAACAUAUCAUGUAGUUAAUAUUGUAUUUAUUGCUGCUCCGAUAUCCGUAAAUCUGUUAAUCUCAAUCGAAACUCCCCCCCCCCCAGUGUCUGGAUGGUGCAAAGAAAUCAGUACUUAAAGCUUUGUCAGCUUAUAGUUGCCUGUAUAUAAGCAGAAUAUAAUCAUACGUAUUGCCAAGGUGAUAUGCAUAAAUUGAGGGAAAAUAACGAAAAUGUGUUCACUAGAAUCAUAUAACAUGAACAUUUAACUGAGGUUUAUAACGUUAUCAUUAUUGUAAAUAUAUAGUUUGCAUGAUGUCAAUAGAAGAAUCGUGAAAUGUUUUGCUUUUAAAAGAAGUGCUUUUAUGUCAAAUAUGUUCUGUAAAACUUUGUUUUAUUUAUU